CGGGCCGGGGGGAUCCGGGACGCUGGCUCCGGCGCAAGCUUGCGUAGCAGCCGCCCGAGAUUUUGCUAGCGGCGCUGCGUGCGUGCGGGCUGCGGCUGCCGCUGCUCCUCGCCCUCCUCAGCGUCCUCGGCGGCCGGUCGCGUCAGGCCAGGCCCGCGCGAAGGACAGGCGGCGGCUGCCGGAGGCGGAGGCGGAGGCAGAGGUGCGGCGGGGAGUGGGGGCCGCUGCCUCCGCUGGCGCCCGGGACGGCCCGCGCCUUUGCAGCGUGCUCCAUGCAUCCGGAGGCCGCCCCGCCCCCGAGCAACAACAGUCCCGAGCUUCCCCUCAGCGGCUGCAGCACCACCAGCGGCAGCCACCGGAGCCGCCGCCGAAGCGGAGACGGGGAGCCCCCAGGGUCGCCACCGCCGCCUGCCGUCACCUACCCGGACUGGAUCAGCCAGAGUUACUCCGAGGUGAUGAGCCUCAACGAGCACUCGAUGCAGGCGCUGUCCUGGCGCAAGCUCUACUUGAGUCGCGCCAAGCUCAAAGCCUCCAGCCGGACUUCGGCUCUGCUGUCCGGCUUCGCCAUGGUGGCGAUGGUGGAGGUGCAGCUGGAUGCUGACCAUGACUACCCGCCGGGACUGCUCAUCGCCUUCAGUGCCUGCACGACGGUGCUAGUGGCCGUGCACCUGUUUGCACUAAUGAUCAGCACCUGCAUCCUGCCCAACAUCGAGGCAGUGAGCAACGUGCACAACCUCAACUCAGUCAAGGAGUCACCCCAUGAGCGCAUGCAUCGCCAUAUCGAGCUGGCCUGGGCCUUCUCCACUGUCAUCGGCACGCUGCUCUUCCUGGCUGAGGUUGUGCUGCUCUGCUGGGUCAAGUUCUUGCCCCUCAAGAGGCAGCCAGGCCAGCCACGGCCCACUAAUAAGCCCUCAGCCCCCGGCUCGGUCUCCAAUGACAGCAGUGGUGGCACUGGCGGCAUCACCCCAGGCCAGGCCGCCGCCAUCGCCUCAACCACCAUCAUGGUCCCCUUUGGCCUGGUCUUCAUUGUUUUUGCUGUCCACUUCUACCGCUCACUGGUCAGCCAUAAGACGGACCGGCAGUUCCAGGAGCUCAACGAGCUGGCUGAGUUCGCCCGCUUGCAGGACCAGCUGGACCACAGAGGAGACCACCCCCUGACACCAGGCAGCCACUAUGCCUAAGCCCUCUCGGGCCUGGGCACUUCCUAGCUUUGGCCUUAUGCCCUUCCCCAUGACCUUGUCCUGCCCCAGCCUCAAGGGCAGCCUGCAUAGGGUGCGGGCUUUCGUCAGGGGACAGAAGUGGAGGGAAGAAGCUCUUUUUAAAGAGAAAUUACUGCACUUUGAAACUUUCCUCUAGGAGAAUAAGCACUUCCUGUUCUUCCAGCUCCAGGUUCGCCUCCUGUUAGGAGGCCACCAAUGGGAGCCAGAGCCAGGACAAAUGCUCCCUUUGUCCCUCCUCCCCGCCCAUGCCAGUGCCAUCUGGAUGCUUCCUGUCCUUUCUGUCGUGACCUCCCCCUCCCUGUUCAGCGUCGAGUGUGUGCGCGUGUGUGUGAACACAUAAAUAUACUCAUAAGGGAU